AUGGAGCAGUUGCUGGGCUCGGCGGGAGUCGACGCCAACACGACGGUGGUCGUCUACGGGGACAACAACAACUGGUUCGCAGCUUGGGCCUUCUGGCAGAUGAAGUAUUACGGCCACAGUGACGUGCGGCUCAUGAACGGCGGAAGGGUUAAGUGGAUGGCGGAAAACCGGCCCGUCACCACCGAUGCCGUCAACCCGCCGCAGACGACCUAUACCGCCUCGGAACCCAACGAAAGCAUCCGGGCCUACCGGGAUUACGUUUUGUCGGCCGUGGGCGCUGGAAAUGUAUCGUUGGUGGACGUCAGGGCUCCGGCGGAGUACAGCGGGGAACUGCUGUCGCCGGCAAACCUGCCCCAAGAGGGUUCCCAACGGGGCGGGCACAUCCCCGGGGCGGCCAACAUUCCCUGGGCCCAGUCCGUGGGAGAGGACGCCGCGUUCAAGAGCGCCGAUGACCUGGCCGCUCUUUAUGGAGGCAAGGGCAUCGAUGGCAGCAAGGAGACCAUCGCCUACUGCCGCAUUGGCGAGCGGUCGUCCCAUACCUGGUUUGUCCUGACCCAGCUGUUGGGACACCAAAACGUCCGCAACUACGAUGGCUCUUGGACGGAAUGGGGCAGCAUCGUCGGAGCGCCCAUCGAAAAGCCGUAA